AUGAGCUCCGGGCAGCCAAAUAUCGUAUUCAUUCUCGCUGACGAUUUGGGUUAUGCAGACUUGAGCGUCUAUGGCAACAUUGACUUCGAGACGCCAAACCUCGACCGCUUGGCCCGUGAAGGAGCACGCUUCACCCAAGGUUACGCAAAUUCGGCAGUCUGCUCUGCUACUCGCUUUGCUCUGAUAACCGGAAGGUAUCAAUACAAUUUUCCGGGCGGUCUUGAGGAGCCUCUGGUUAGAGUUGGUGAUAACUUAGGACUACCAGCCGAGCAUCCUACCCUACCGUCGCUUCUCAAAGAACAGGGCUAUGAAACUGCUUUAAUUGGAAAGUGGCAUUUGGGACGUCCGCCCAAAUUUGGGCCUCUAGUUAGUGGUUACGAUAAAUUUUUUGGUAACCUGGGGGGCGCCCUGGACUAUUUCACUCACCGAACGGGCGUGGGGCCUGACGUUCCGAAAGAUCUUUGGGAAGGUGACGUUCCUGUCGAACGUACUGGUUAUUACACGACAAUUGUAUCUGAUGAAGCAGUCAAAUAUGUCAAAACAGAGCGUGACAAGCCUUAUUUCCUCUCUCUCCACUACACAGCUCCUCACUGGCCAUGGGAAGGUCCCAACGAUGCGGCAAUCGCUCCUACAAUCAAGGACCUCUUCCACUACGAUGGCGGGAACCUUAAAAAGUAUGCAGAAAUUGUUCAAGCACUCGAUGAAGGGGUUGGAAAAGUUUUGAAAGCUAUUGAGGAAAGUGGAAAGACAGAAAACACCAUUAUCAUUUUCACCAGUGACAAUGGUGGGGAGCGCUUUUCCUUCAACUGGCCCUUCCUUGGACAGAAAACCGAGCUAUUGGAGGGUGGUAUUCGCGUUCCAACCCUUUUCAAGUGGCCAGCCCAAGUCAAACCGCAGGUCAAUGAACAAGUAGUUGUUACGUUUGAUUGGCUUCCUACACUUCUCGCAGCAGCGGGAGGUAAACCCCACCCGGAUUAUCCUAGUGAUGGAGAGAAUAUUCUGCCAGUUUUGAAAGGAGCACCCCCGCAUCAUAGAACACUGUACUGGCGCUACAAAUCCUGCAACCAACGGGCUCUUCGGGAUGCUAAUCUCAAGUACUUGAAAAUCAACGAAAACGAGUUCCUAUUUGACGUUGUAGUGGACCAAAGAGAACGUGCGAAUUUGAAAGAUAAGAAGCCCCAGGAAUUCGAACGUUUGAAGAAGCUAUGGACCGAUCUCGACUCCAGGUUUUUACCUAUCACUAAUGAAGUGUUCACUCAUGGUAUUACGCCUGAUAUCCAGGCUGAUCACUAUGUACCUCAUCAACUCACCCGAAACCCGAAUAAAAGGCCUUAA